GUUUCUGUAACAAUUGCAAGCACACAAAUUUACACGUGUGGGACCACCAGAAGUUUCUAAAUCAGCAACAUGGAGGGAGGUGAUCAUCAUGAGGAGGUACCCCAAGCGAUUGUCCCGCCAGAAAUCACUGAAAAACAACCAUCCGAAGUUGAAGAAAAAGCAUGAAGAAUCACUAGCAGCACUGACUGAUUCAAUUUUAGACGAUGAUCUCGUAGUUAUUCCGAGUCAAACAGAAGUCCAACAGCAGGAGUCGGCGGCAGCUGAACAGCUAGACACCGAACAGCCAGAUACCGUCGUUCCAUCGGAGCCCUCUCCUCCCGCGGAGCCUGAGCCUCAGGCGGCGAUUCCUGAAAGCGAACCGUCACAACCUGCACCUGAAUCUGAACUUAAACUUGAACCUCAACCUGAAAGCGAACCUCAAUCUAAACCUCAACCUCAACCCGAACUUCAACCCGAACCUGCGCCUGCCCCUGCCCCUCAACAUAAACCUCAAUCUGAACCUACCCAAAGCCAAAGUCAGUCUGUCGACUCUGUCCCUCCAGCUCCACCACAGCCAAAUCCAGAGCCAAGCAUCAAGCCCGCUCGUCCAGCUUCAGCUACAGUUAGAACAGCAUCAAAAGCAAUCAAAGGGCCCAUGGAUAUGGCUGUAGUUGAAGAAGAUGAUGAUGAUAUUGAAGAUGAGACAUUGACAGAGAGACUGGUCGGCCUCACCGAGAUGUUUCCGCAGACCUUGUGUACGGUCGCAGGCGUGACAUUCAGUCUGUCGGUCAGCAGCAUGAAGAAGCUCUUUAAUUUCAGCCGGAGCGCCCUCUGGAUCGGCAGUACAUCAUUCAUGCUCCUCAUCUUGCCGAUCAUCUUUGAGACGGAGAUGGUGCACAUGGAACAGGCCCAGAUUCAGAGACAGAAGCAGAUAUUACUUGGACCUAAUGCUGCCUCAGCCGGCGGAAUGACGGGAGGUCUAACGCCCCCUAUACCGGGGGUCUCGGUGGCUGCACCCCCUCCUGGAGCCAGAUAGUCUCUACUAUGCAGAGACAGGUUUUAGAA